CACGAUAUACAUUUUAUAUUGAACUAUCGCUUUGCGCGGAGUAGCGCAUCGGAGGUUCAGUUUCCCGGAAAAAGAAGAAAUGUACAUGUGAAAACUGGUUUUUGGAAUUAAUUGACUUUUUGGUAUCGUCGAAUUCUUCACAUUUCAUUUGUGUCUUUCGUGAAUAAUUUCAAGAUUUGAACGAAAUCGUCAAAGUAACACUUGUGCAUUGGUCUAUUGAUUUGAAAUGGAUGAGAGUUUUCCGCUUGAAACAACCAAUCCUGAAAUAAGUGCUUCAUUAUUUUCCAAACUCUGUUUCUUGUGGACUUCAGAGUGUAUCAUAAAAUGCAAUAAAAAAGAGAUUAAACUGAAAGAAAUAUAUCGAUGUGCCGAAUCUCAUAGUUCUAGUAUAAAUGGAAAUUAUCUGGAAGAGAAAUGGAAGGAGGAAACCAAAAUUUGCUGCAAAAGGAGUUCAAAACCGAGCUUACUCAAGAUAUUAAUGAAAGUUUUCUACACUGAGUAUUGCCCAUUAGCUAUAACAGCUUUUUUCAAUUACGUUGUCAUCAAGGGAUUGCAACCUCUUAUGUUAUCAAAUUUAAUUCGAUUAUUCAUCAACAAAAAUUAUACGGCGAUGGAAAUAUUAUUUUAUGGAGGAGGAUUGUCGCUUUUGUUAUUAUGUUCAUCAUUUUUACUACAUCAUACAGUACGUGGUAGCAACCUAUUAGCCAUUAAAAUCAGAAUAGCAGUUUCUUCCCUGAUCUAUAGAAAAAUAUUGAGAUUGAACCAAGAGUCAUUAUGGACCACAUCUUCUGGACAGGUGAUAAAUUUACUGUCCAACGAUGUAGGAAGGUUUGAAACAGCUAUACAGGCUUUUCACUUUCUCUGGAUGACUCCGAUCCAGUUGGCAGUGAUCAUAUUUGUCAUUUGGAAUCUUUUCGGUUUAGGUGCUCUACUUGGUAUCAGCUGUUUGUUAAUAAUAAUGAUUCCACUUCAAGGUUUGCUAGGUUACCUCACUGGAGUCUACAGAGGAAAGGCAGCGGAAAAAACUGACCUCAGGGUGAAACUCAUGAACGAAAUAUUCUCCGGAAUGGAGUUCAUCAAAAUGUACACUUGGGAAAUAGCUUUUGAAAAACUCGUACAGAAUAUUCGAUUGGAAGAGCUGCGUUUCAUUAGGAAGACUUCCUUUAUAAGAGGAAUACUUGCCUGUAUGAUGUUUGUUACAGAAAGGUUAGGUCUUUGUGUCACCGUCGUGUGCUACUCCUUGCUUGGAUUUCCAGUUUCCACAGAUGUGGUCUUCUCAGUCUCAAUUUGUUUCCGUAUUUUGCAAUAUUCUCUUGGGACAAUGCUGCCAGCAGCUAUUACAAUUGGAUCGGAGGUUUUAGUCUCUACCAGACGACUCGAAGAAUUUCUCCUGCUGAAAGAAAUCGAUUCUUCGAAAACCAAAGCAGAAAAUAUAGCAAAAGGUGAAGUACUCUUGAAAAGUGUCAGUGCGCUUUGGGAGGAGAAGAAAACAGCUCUGGAUGAUGUUUCUAUCUCGAUUUCUCCAGGUUGCCUAUGUGGCAUUGUUGGCCCAGUAGGUUCUGGUAAAUCUUCUUUGCUCAAACUUCUACUCGGAGAACUACCGAUUUCGAAAGGAAGUGUGAAAAUAAAAGGAACAGUGUCAUAUACUUCACAAAAACCUUGGUUAUUUUCCGGUACCAUUCGGAGGAAUAUAAUUUUCGAUCAAGAAAUGGACGAGACCCGCUACAGAAGGGUGGUCGAAGCAUGUAGUCUUACUGAAGACUUUGAACAGCUUCAAUAUGGUGACCAGACUAUUGUUGGAAGUAGAGGAGUAGCUCUAAGCGGUGGUCAAAGAGCUCGUAUAAAUUUGGCUAGGGCUGUGUACAGAGAAGCCGAUAUCUACCUUCUGGAUGAUAUUUUAUCCGCUCUUGAUACAAAAGUAGGAAAAUAUAUAUUCGAGGAGUGCGUUUUGAAAUUUUUGGAAGGAAAAACUAGAGUGCUGGUAACACAUCAGUUGCAUUAUUUGAUGAACGUGGAACACAUUGUUAUUUUGGAAAAGGGAUAUGUUGAAGAACAAGGCACGUUUACUGAUAUAUUUAAAACAAAAUUGGAAACAUACUUCAAAGAAGAUGUUGUUCGAAAAAAUUCAUACGUCGAAGAAAAUGAAGGGUUGGCUAUGGAAAGAAAGAAUUUGACAGAAGAAGAAAAUGUUUCUAAAGUGGAAGAUAUAGUCAAUCUGAAAGGUUCGAUGAUUUGGAAAUACAUAAGUUUUUCAGGUCAUAUGACCAAUGUUGCUAUCUUCCUAGUCCUUCUAUUAUUAUCUCAGCUGUCAAUGAAUUUGUCCGAUUAUUGGUUAACAUUAUGGUCCGAGGAAGAAUAUAUUCGACUCUCUGCUUCCCAUCAGUAUCCAAAGCACUCUGUCAACGGAAUAAGGAGCAAUAUUUCGAACAUGGGGAACAGAAAAAGCCCUAGUUUUCUCUACUCCACCAAAGAUUCAACAUUCAGUCAAUGGACUGACACGGUAUUCGUAGACGAUGAUUCCUUUAUUUUACUGAAAACAUCAGCCGUGAGAACUCUUUAUAUUAUCAUAAUCCUACUGGCAAUAAUAUUUAUGUUGCUAAGAUCAACUUUAUUCUUUCAUUUAUGUAUCAAAGCAUCUCAGAAGUUGCACGACAAAAUGUUCUCGAGUUUAUUGAACGCCCCUUUAAUGUUACUUCAAAAUACUUCACCUGGCAACAUACUAAAUAGGUUCUCCAAAGACAUGGGAGCGGCGGACGAGCUAUUUCCAAAGGCUCUUCUAAAUGUUUUAGCGUCGAUACCGAUCCUACUCGGUUCUAUGUUCCUCAUUGUGAUCUCUAAUAGUUUGAUGUUGAUUUUGAUAAUCCCACUGGUUUUAAUGAUGCUGAAAAUAAGGAAAUGGUUCCUCAUAACAGUGAAAACUCUCAGAAGAAUUGAAACAGCUAUGAAAUCUCCUGUAUUUUCAUACGUGACAUCGACUUUCGAUGGAGUUACCACCAUACGGGCUACCAAGUGUGAAGAACUCUUAAUACCACAAUUCGAUCGUCACCAGGAUGUACAUACCGCUUGUUCUUACUUGGCUAUUUCUUGCACUUCAGCAUUUGGUUUAUGGUUGGACCUAUUGUGUGUUUCAUUUGUGAGCUGUGUGAUACUGUUAUUCGUCAUUCUAGAUAGAUAUACUUAUAUAAGUGGCAGUUUCAUUGGAUUAGCCAUCUUUCAUUCCAUGACAACAGUUGGAUUAUUCCAGUUUUGUAUCAGAACUCUUUCUGAGACUGUGAAUUAUCUCACGAAUAUCGAACGGAUUUUGGAUUACACCAACAUGGAGAAGGAAGAAGAUACAAAGUCCAACGAUCAUUUUCCUCCUCGUUUAUGGCCAAAUAGUGGAGAGAUCGAGUUCCGGAAUUUGAACUUCCGAUAUUCUGAGGAAGGGAAACUGGUUCUGCAGAAUAUGAACCUGAAAAUACUUGGUUCUGAGAAGGUUGGCAUCGUGGGUAGAACAGGAGCUGGGAAGUCGUCUAUAAUAACCGUUUUAUUCAGGUUGGCACAGAUAGAAGGCAAAAUAUUUAUAGAUGGUGUUGAUAUAGAGGAUAUAGCACUUAAGAAAUUAAGACGGGAGAUAGCUGUAAUACCUCAAGAGCCUGUCCUUUUCUCAGCUUCAGUGAGAUUUAAUAUCGAUCCAUAUUUCGAGUUUCCAGACGAAAGAAUUUGGAAAAUUCUGGGCGAGUGGGCGACAAAAUAUCGUCAUUCAAUUUUUAUGGUUUCGCAACAAAGCUUUUACGCUGAUUUUUAUCGCAGAACACACCCCUUGAAGUCAAGGGAUAUAUUUUCGCAGGUUGGACUCCAGAAGGUUAUACCAUCAUUGGAUUUUCCUCUUACCGAGGGAGGAAAUAAUUUGAGCACAGGACAACGGCAAUUAUUGUGCCUGGUGAGAGCAAUGUUGAGAGACAACAAAAUCCUGAUUUUGGAUGAAGCUACAGCGAACGUGGAUACAAGGACUGAUGAAGUAAUUCAGGAAAUUAUAAAAAAGAAAUUCCAUUCCGCAACUGUGAUAACAGUGGCGCACAGGUUGAAUUCUGUUAUGAAUUCAGAUAGAAUUCUUGUGAUGAGAGAUGGAGUUGCGGUAGAGUUUGAUCAUCCUCUCGUUUUGUUGCAGAAGGAAAAAGGAUAUUUCAAGAAUCUACUUGAAGGGUCAGGUUCUGAAUUUGCAGAAUCAUCGGAUAAAUUGACUUGGAAAAGCUAACAAUAAAAAACAAA